AUGAGGUGGAGUGAAAAUGAGACAUGCCAAUUCGUACAACUUUAUUUAGAUUAUGAGUCUUUAUGGAAUACGGAGCACGGAGAUUACAAAAUAAAAGAAAAACGUCUCAAAGCGUACAAACACAUUAUUUCUGAUUUUCAUUCCUCUACGGGUAUAUCAUUAUCCGUGAGUGAACUAAAAGUAAAAAUAAAGAAUUUAAGGUCGACAUACUCGCAAGAGUUAAGUAAAAUAAAGCAAAGGUCUAGCCCUGACUAUACAUACAAACCAACUAUAAAAUGGUUUGCAUAUUGGCACAAACGAUUUAGACGCAAUUCGCGUACAAAUCAAAUAUCCGAUACAUUAUACGAGGAAGCUGAAAAAGAUUCAAAAAUGUGGGUUCAUGAUCACACUGACAAUUUGAAUGAAGAAACACAUCUUGAUUCAUUUAUACCUGAAAACAAUGAUGACUCUAUUCUUCUAUUAAAAUCUGAACCAGAAGAGGCUCAGUUAAAGACUGAUAACAAUUCAAACACAUAUAAAACUAAAAGAAAAAAAAUAAAACACCGCAGCCUUAGCACUACUUCAGAAGGCACUUUUCGGGGAAGUUUAGAUUCCAAUUUAGAUUUAAGUAAAGAAGAUGAAUUUGAUAUUUAUGGCAAAUAUAUUGCAUCACAACUAAGAUCUAUGGACUUGAAAAAAGCACUAAACUUACAGUUGGAAAUACAAAGCUUGGUCAGUGAAGCAAGAUUGUCAGAUUUGUCUAAUGAA